CAGUCACUCCCUUACUGCGCAUGCCUGGUCUUUUUCAAAAUGGCGGCCCCCGUAGAUUUAGAGCUUAAAAAGGCUUUCACGGAGCUGCAAGCUAAGGUGAUUGACACGCAGCAGAAGGUGAAACUGGCGGACCUGCAGAUCGAGCAGCUCAGCCGCAUGAAGAAACACGCCAACCUUACGCAUGCCGAGAUCACCUCCCUGCCGGACAGCACGCGCAUGUACGAGGGAGUCGGACGGAUGUUCGUCCUGCAGUCCAAGGAGGAUAUCCGCGGCCAGCUGGUGGAGAAGCAGAAGACUGCAGAUGAGAAGAUCAAGGAGCUGGAGCAGAAGAAGACGUACCUGGAGCGCAGUGUGAAGGAGGCAGAGGACAAUAUCCGCGAGAUGCUGAUGGCCAGGAGGGCCCAGUGAGGCUCCCACGGCUUCACGCGGCGGGCGGGGACACGCGCUCACACGCGGUCACACGCACUCUCACUGGCUGGAGCCGGAGCGCAUACACCUGCACGGUGAUACGGAGGAGAAAAACACACACACACACACACACUGACUUUUGUUGUCCCCCACUCUGUUUAGACAGAGAUGUGUAGAAGCAAAAGGGCAACAUUCACCAGAUGAGACAGUGUCUUGUAAAUGAGGAGAGGAUAAAGCCACUUGGCCGUUGGACCCUUUUUGGAGAGUUCUGCUCAGGGAGUAUGCAAAACAAAGACCCCCCCCCCCCCCCC